AUGGCGGAUGAAGACGGUCUUUUGAGCAAGGUUCACAGCCUGAGCGACUUGGAGCUGGCCGCCCUGCUGUGCCUUGUCAACCGCGAACACUGCAUCGUCAGCACGUCGCCCGCUGCCCUCGACGAGCUUGUUGAGGAGCUGCAGCUGAUCGCAACGAAGACGUUUGGUCUGAAAUGCGCCGUGGUCGAAUGCACCCCGCAAACCACACUAGAGGACUUUGCAUCCUCGAUCCUCACACAGCAGUCGCCAACAGCGACGAGAUCCGGCUCGCCCCUACGCACUCGCAAUGAAUCCUACUUUUCUCGCGCAGGCAUCUCUCCCUUGACCGCCGUCACAGCCACCAGCCCAACCGGCCAGGGUGCCGGCUCAUCCUCCAUCGCCAAUGUCAUCGUGGCCCGAAACCUCGACCGGGCACCGAGGGCCGUACAGAUCCAGGUCCUCGAGCUUCUGCGCACACGGCGUAUCUUCACCCGUACCUCCGUCCAGACCGCUCCGAAGCAAUUCCUGUUCGUCGCUGCUCUAGGCGCCGAGAGUGGCGGCCAAGCUCACGUCACGCUUCACCUGAACGACUACUUCUUCAUUGCUCACUGGCAUGAUCCGGAGGACGGCUUUCCUCUUCUCGAUGAUGCGUAUGACGCUACGGACGGCGCAGAAACUGCUAGUACUGAAAGCGUGCUCAAAAAGAGCAUCAAUGGCGAUUUGCCCACUGUUAGCGAAGACCCCAUCUUCCGCGAGGGUAAUAUUGCGGCCAUCGCGAAGAAUAGUCGAGACGUGCACAUUGACGUAGAUGUACUGCGUUACCAGAUGAAUGUGGUCUCGUACCUGAGAAUGCACCGCGCCGUUGCCGGCGGUAUCGAGCCGACUGCAACGAAGCAUCUAGAGCAGCUGCUCAAGUGCCUCGCGCCGCUACACAGGCUGGACUUUGUCACCCCAGCCCUCGUGCAUUUGGCCGUUAGGAAAGUCUAUCUGCAUCGAAUACGGAUUGUGCACCCUCGACAGGAACGCAGCAUGCAAUGGGGAAGCCAGCUCGAGGCCAUCGAGUCCAUUCUCGAAGGUGUGGGCCCGGAGGACGUGAUUGAGGACGUGCUGAGCUUGGUGGCCGCGCCGCUUUGA